UUGUUCUCUACAAAACGCAAGUCCAUGGAGCUCAUGUUGUGCCGUGUGGCGAUGCUUCUGGCCCACGCAGCGGCGGUGCGGACCUUGUCCAACCUGACGCAGGCACUGCCUCUCGUUUGAGCGCAGCUUUUUGCGCGCACACACGUUGGCAUCGUCAUAGGACAGUUCCCAGGGGCAUCUUCGUCGGGGGCAAGUGGGGUGAGGCGAAGAUGGAGUGCGAGCAAGUCUUCGGAACCCGUGGGGUGACAUUUUGGGAGGGCAGGUGGCUGCAGGAGAAGUGCAAAGAUGGGGUCGACUAUGGCCACGGCCUGUGCGAUCAGGAAACCAACACGGGGCCCAGCAUUGCGCCGGAGGAGAUUGUAGACCAUUGGGAAAUGGGCAAGCACACGCAAGCUGGUCAGCGGUGGGAACAGAAGCAGGCUGAGUGGUGCCGCUUGAGACGGACACCGGUCUGGAGGGGAUUCAAGGACUGCUUUCACCUCUGCCAGUUUCGGUUCCGCGACUGCGGGCAGCUCGACUGCAAAGUCUGCAGCAUGACCCCUUUCGAAUGCGAUGGCAUUCGGAACAAUCAGAGCUACGACCAGUCCGACAAAGUAGACUGGAGUGUAGCCCCUGUCAGGAACCACUCCUUCUUCGACGCGUGCGUCUUUGGGUGCCAGAGCUAUGUACGCUUCAAGAGCGCCGAGGAGGGUGCCGGGCCUGCGUGCCAGGAGGGCUCGCCGCUGAUGCAGCACCGCACCCAACUCGAGCGUGGAUCGGCGUAGGCUUAGAUGGUCGCCGUAGAGUCGCUACAGGGGGGAUAUGGAUUCUCGUCAACAAGGCUGUGACU